UAAAAACGCGAGCACUUUACUAAAACCCCAAUCCCAAGAUCUCCUUUGGCCCUCUUUGUCUAUCGCUCUCGCAUUUCAAUAAAGAUUGAUUUUUUUCCCAUUACUGAUCUUGAUUAUGUAAGAUAUUGACCAAUGUCUUCUUGAAUCUGAGAUUUCUAUGGUUUCCUGUAUCAAUCUCUUUCUAAAUUUCGUUUAUAACGAACUACCGAUUUGUGUUGCAUGUACUUUAUCGCUUUCUUGGUGGAAUUUCUCAGUUUGGCCUCUGAAUUCGAAGGAUAUUUUGGCUCAUUAGGUUUCGAUUUUCGCCCUAAUUUUUCAUUUCUCUUUUUGAUAUCUUUGAUUAAUUGAGGUUUAUUUUUGAGGAAUAACGAUUCCUUUGGCGUUUCGAUUUAUCUUUGAAUUCUGAUACUGCUCUUCAAAUACAAUGUAAUCAAACUCUCUCAAAUAGGGUGGUUUAGUGUUUAACACGGGACCAGAAAGACCUAAGACGGUGAAGAAUUUGGAUUAGUGGGGAAAACAAAAACUUUUGCAAAACGAAUAUGGUUUAGCUCUUUUCUGAUUUUGAGCAAUCAGAGCAUUGUUGAACCUACUCAGAUAGUUUGAUGUUAAUUUAUAUCUUUUCUGAUCGUAGGAACAGAAGCUUGAGGUGCGGUGCUACAAAAAUGGAAUAAUCCCCUUUUUUUCCUUAUAGUUUGAGAUUUUGUUAAUACGUUGCUAUGAGGAAGAAGAGGAAAGGAAGUGAAACAGAAGCAUGUGAGGAUAUACAAAAUGAAUUAACACCUGGCCAUGACAAGAAAUCAUCAAAUAUCAGGUCUCAUUAUUCUCUUGAAGAUUACAACAGGUUAAAGAAGAGGUGUAAAGAAGAUGCUGGUUGUGAACCUGUUAGCUCUUGCAAGAGUAGACUUGCAGGCAUUGCCACUGCACCACCUUGUGGUGCCUCAUCUUCUUUGGUCCCACCUGGAAGAGGCCUCAAGAGGAAGAUAGGGUGUAUAGAUAAAGCUACCCAGACAGGUAGAAAGAAUAAGAUUGAGGAUGACUUUUUUUCAGGUGACACUCUCGGGCGUGGUAAAUUUGGUUCAGUUUGGUUGUGUAGAUCUAAGGCAACUGGAGUAGAAUUUGCUUGUAAGACUUUGCGGAAGGGGGAGGAAACAGUCCAUAGGGAGGUGGAGAUAAUGCAGCACUUGUCUGGCCAUCCUGGGGUUGUGACAUUGCAUGCUGUCUACCAGGAGACGGAAUGUUUUCAUCUUGUGAUGGAGUUAUGCUCUGGCGGGCGUUUGAUUGACCAGAUGGUUGAAGAGGGUCAGUACUCAGAACAACGGGCUGCUAAUAUAUUUAAAGAUGUGAUGUCAGUUAUCAAGUAUUGUCAUGAUAUGGGAGUUGUUCACAGAGAUGUAAAACCAGAGAAUGUACUACUCAUGAGCUCAGGGAAAAUAAAGCUUGCGGAUUUUGGCUUGGCCAUGAGAAUCUCAAAUUGUCAGACAUUGUCUGGGUUGGCUGGAAGUCCGGCAUAUGUAGCCCCAGAAGUAUUGUCAGGAAAUUAUUCUGAGAAGGUUGAUAUAUGGAGCGCUGGCGUCCUACUACAUGCUUUAUUGGUUGGUGUUCUUCCAUUUCAAGGGGACUCCAUGGAAGCUGUUUUUGAGGCAAUCAAGAAUGUGAAGCUUGAUUUCCACUCAGGAAUUUGGGAGUCCAUAUCUAAGCCUGCACGUGAUUUAGUUUCCAGAAUGUUAAUAAGGGAUGUUUCAGCAAGGAUAACUGCAGAUGAAGUUCUAAGGCACCCAUGGAUUUUGUUCUACACAGAACGCAUGUUAAAAACAGUGUCCAUUAAAUCAAAAAUGAAGAAUCAAGUUGGACUAACCUCCUGUCAUCCUGCCAGUGCACCUGUACCAGAGAUGUAUGGAUACAAAGUAGAGAAUGGCUCCAUUGUUGAGGAUUCAAAUCAUCAUUCAUCAGCUGAUAGUUGGAGCAGCAAGUCAGAAGAGCAAGAUGAGAUGGGCUUGGUGGAUGCACUUACGGUGGCAGUUUCCCAUGUCAAGAUUUCGGAACCGAAGAGGAGCAAGCUGUGUGGGUCCACAAGUCCAGCAGAGCAGCAGCAUUCAUCUAACCUGACAGCUAACAAUCUCUGUAGAGCAUUUUGAUUCUGAUACCACUAACAAAAUCAUCUCCACUGUUUUAUGAGCUGGGGAUUUUAAAACUAACAUGCCCUGGUGCAAUUUACUGUAGGAGAGGGGAAGAUGGUUACAGGUUAGCAUAACCGUAUAUAUGCAGCAUGUUAAUAUUUGUUUGGAUGAGUGAUUCCACUGCUUGUAUUCGCAAUCUAACCGAAUAAUGGUAGUUGCCAGAUGAAUUGAGUAAAUUGAUGUACAGCAUCUGUAAAUAGAAUGUCAGUUAACAAUUUUAUGAUUUAAUUUUUCAUUACACCUGUUCCAUGGGACUGGAA